GCUACAGCCUAUGAGAGUACGAAGAUGCUAUGAGCCUAUGAGAGCAUUUAGCUCUAUGGUUUUCGAGCAGGUUAAGGUGGAUGGAUUUACCCUUACAAACAUUGUUUCUGCUUGUGCUAAUGCUAGGAAUUUGGGAUAUGGUCGAAAGUUGGGCAAAAGGUGGAUGCUCACUUGGGCUCCUCGUUGAUUGAUAUGUGCAGCAAAUGUGGAAACUUGAAUGAUGCUGGGAUGAUUUUUAGAGAAACUAAGAGUCCAGAUGUCAUCAUUUGGACUUCCAUGAUAUCUGCCUGUGCUUUACACGGGAAAGGGGAGGAGGCUUUGCAAUCAUUUGAUAAUAUGAUCACUGAAGGAACUGGACCUAAUGAGAUUACGUUUGUAGGGGUUUUAACUGCAUGCAUCCAUACAUGGCAGCUUGAAGAAGGCUGGAGAUAUUUCAGCUUGAUGAAAGAAUACAGCAUCAAGCCUGGAAUUGAGCAUCUCACUUGUAUGGUUGAUCUUUAUGGUCGCACUGGCCACUUGACUAAGGUGAAGGAGCUCAUUGAUGAAAAUGGUAUCUCGCAUCCGACUGCAGUUUGGAGGUCAUUUAUCUCUUCUUGUUUCCUUCACAAAAAUGGGGAGAUGGGAAAAUGGGUCUCGGACCAUCUGAUGCAGUUCCUCAUGUUUUAUCAUCAAAUUUAUUUGCUAACAGUCAUAGUUGGGAAGAAGUGGCUAGAGUGAGGACUUUGAUGCAACAGAGAGGGGGUUAACAAAGUCCCUGGUCAAUCUAGGAUCUAACUGAAGAAUUAGGUCCAUACUUUUGUCCCCACCAAAAGAAUUUAAAGCAUAUUGAUUCUUGGAUGAGCUAAUUGGAAGACUGAAGGAAAUUGGGAGCUCAUCUGAUAUGUACGCCAAGAACAAGGAGAAGUGCUUUUAUCCCCAAUGACGAAAAUCUUGCAAUUGCUUACAGCAUCAUCCAACACUGAGGACACCUACUUGCAAGACCAUC